AUGUUUGGCUUCAUUUGGAAAAUCUUUCUUUGCUUUCCGUUUUUGGGAAUGAUUAAAGGCGAUCUUCAAAUAGUUGCAGCUACAGAAGGAGGACAAGCUAAAGAUGGUUCACCAACCCCUCAGCUCAGUGGCUGGCAGUUGGCAAACCCUUCUCAGCCUCCCGAGUUGAAAAAGCUUCAUGGCAUCAUGAAGGCUGAACAGGUCAACAAGCAUUUGCUGUUACGAAGGAAGAGGUCCAUUCUGUUUCCCAGUGGAGUUAAGAUCUGCCCUGAUGAAUCUGUUGAGCAGGCUAUUGCCAACCAUCUGAAAUAUUUCAGGCUGAGAGUGUGUCAGGAAACAGUCUGGGAGGUCUUCAAGACAUUCUGGGAUAGACUGCCAGAGCGUGAAGAAUAUCACAACUGGAUGAGCCUGUGUGAGGAAGGAACCAUGAGUAUCUUUGAAAUAGGCACGAACUUCAGUCAGUCCGAGGAGCACCGCAGUCUAAUUGUGAAGAAACUGUCCUAUACAAAGGAAGCAAUGGGCGGCUCCUGCACUGAUUGGUCAUGUGGUGGGACUCCACCUCCAGCUUCGGAUGCUGAUAUUACCACAUUGAGAGAUGCAGCUGCCAAUGUUCCUCCCCCUCAUGAGAUCUCUGUUGAGAGUCCUGCGGGCGGUACCGUCAAUGAGAUCAAAGAUGCAGACACUACUAUCAAUAAUGAGAUAAAGAAGCAGGAUGAGAAGCUAGUGAAACCUGUAACUGAGCAGAUGAUCGAGUUCAGUGUUUUGAUUGUUGGCGAAAAGUACAGUGAGGAGCUGAGUGACCCAGCCUCAGUGAAGCGUCAACUGCUCUCUGAACAAUUCGUUUCUCAGAUCGAAACUGUAUUUGAAGGACUACCUGGAUACAAAAACAUCCGUGUCCUGGGUUACAGCUCUCCUGAGGAGGACAGUGGGGUGAAAGUUCACUCUGCUGUUACAUUUGAUGGAAAAGCCAUCAGCAAUGCCACCUGGAACCUGAUUAACCUUCAUUCCAACAAGGUGGAGGACAACUCCUUUAUGGGCAUGGAGGAUAAUCCGACAGUUGUGUACACCAUCAGCGAUUUCCGAGAUUAUAUUGCUGAAAUCCUCCAGAAAAAUGCCUUGCUUGAAAACACUUCCUUGUCUUUAGACCCUAACUCUCUCCAGUUUACUAAUGUGAAAGAAAUACUACACCCUACACCAGAAGACCCAUCCUGGAUUACUGAGCACCCGGUUGUGCUGGAGCGCCCAGAGUUUGAGGACAGCACCUUUUUAGCUGAGCGGCCUUCGGCAGAUGAAUCAACUGUCAGCAAUACCUUGCCCUUUGAUUUCACCAAACCAGAUUCCACUUCAGAUAGUGAACAGUCCAAUGACAAUGAAAUCCAGCCAAGACCAGAAAAUCUGGACUCUGAGGCCAGUUUGGCACCUGAAGCUCCGCUCUCCUCAGAGGCUGACAUCACUUCUUUGCCUGAUGAGCUGAAUUUAGAGGAUGGGAAUCGGAUUCCUCAUUUGGUCACUGCACCAGUGUCAGGGCGUGAUUCCAUGGACUCUCUGGAACGGCUUUCAGCCCCCAGUUCUUUAGAUGUGUUUGAAGAUACUGGACUAUCUGAAGACCUUCUUUUGCCUUCAAAUCCUCCUGCUCACCUCGUGCCUGAAGAACCUCCAUCUACAGAUGAUGAUGCAGUUCCUCUGCUUUCUGCACCAACAGUGGCCUCUUCAUCAGUCAUGGAGACUGAUAUGAAAGACACAGUAUCUGCUGAGAAGGAAGAAGUAACUCAGGGCAGUCCUGCAGACAGUAACAAUGCAGACUCUGUGUUGCAUGAGUCUGUGGAAGAAAUUAAUUUUCCCUUAGAAGUGCACCCUGUGGAAGAUGAAACUGAUAUAUAUUUUGGAGAUAGAGUUCUAUAUGAUGAUGGGUCUGGUUCAGCUUUUGAUGGUUCGGGAAAAGAAAUGGAAUCAAGUAUUUGGCCUUGGGAAGAAGCAACACUGGAACCAGUUUUCUACCCUGGUCCUGAUAGCUGGCUUGAGGAUGACAAUGAGUCUUUGUUAAUCAGAACUGAGGAUAUUCCUGAAGGCAUGAUCUUAGACUAUAUUCUUAACUCUGGGAAUAAAUUAGAUGAUGAUCCUUCCAAAGAUGAGAAUGAAGGUAUGGCCAAUAGAAAAGAAGAUUUCCUCGAUGAGUCUGAAAUAUUUGUCUUUCCAGUGACUACAACUCAGCAGGUACCUCUGUUACAGACAGAAGAGCCAUCAUCUGUGGAACCGUCUACACAGAGAGGAACAUCAGGCAUGUAUGAUUCCUCUUUUGUUAAACCAUCCUUGGUUUUGGAGCCUUCAGCAGACCAUUCCUUUGUAGACACGCCAACUGGGGAGGCCCCUGUCUCACCGCACAGUACAGGUCUGUCUGUGGAAGACAGUCUCCUUACACCGACAGGGACCGUCAGUAUGGAGCAACCUGAAGAGUCCAAUGUAGGUCAGAACAUCAUUUCUGAAGCAGUUGAACACCAAAGUGAAGACAGGACAACGGCAGAAGAACUGUUCACAGUGGGGCAGUCAGAUGUAACUGAAGCUGCUGCAAUAGGCCACUUGGACACAAGCUCUUCAGAAACUAUUCUGACUGCAGGUCCUUCCAUGGUAAACCCUGAUGCUUCCACAGAAGAGCAGCAAACCCUAGACUCAUCAUUGGCAGGCCGAGACGCUACUGGAUCAGCAGCGAAGAAACCAGCCGAUGUUUGGCCUACUGACAGAGCACCAGAAAGCUCAUUAGAUCAGGCAGUGCAAUCGGCAACGCCGACUGCCGCUCAAGUUUCAACUGCAGUUCCUUCUGUGAGAGAUCAGACCACUGUUCUAGAGGGCUUCGCUGGACAGGCUGCCGCAGACCAUGACACGCAUGUUUCCAUGAGCUUCAGCACUGUUACGAACUCUUACCUAAUGGUGAGUGUAACAACAAGCACCGUUGAGCCUCCGUCCCAUCUCCCUCCUGUGGGAUCCACGGCGUCAUCGUCUGUGGCUACCUCAGCAAAGCUGGGAGAUGAAACGACGAGAGUCCUGGAUGUUUCAGUGGAUCUGGGUCGCGUGAGCACUGCCCGCUUUUUUCCCGAGCAGACUGAGGAGGGAAGGAGCAUGACUGAAAGUCACAUGGAGCUAACAACUCGUGUCCAGUCCACAGAGAUGGCCAGCGUGGCUUGGGCCACACAUGAAAAUCACAACAGCACUCCUGUCUCGUCACGAGCUCUAGUCGUGUUUUUCAGUCUUCGGGUUACCAACAUGAUGUUUUCAGAGGACCUGUUUAAUAAAAAUUCCCCUGAAUACAAAGCGUUGGAGCAGCGAUUCUUGGAACUACUGGUGCCCUACCUGCAGUCAAAUCUGACGGGCUUCCAGAACCUGGAAAUCCUCAACUUCAGAAAUGGCAGCAUCGUGGUGAACAGUCGAAUGAAGUUUGCCAAACCUGUGCCUCGGAACGUCACCAACGCCGUGUAUAUGAUCCUGGAAGACUUCUGCAACACUGCGUAUCACACCAUGAACCUGGCCAUCGAUAAAUACUCCCUGGAUGUGGAAUCGGGCGAGCAAGCAGAUCCCUGCAAGUUCCAGGCCUGCAACGAGUUCUCCGAGUGCUUAGUAAAUCGCUGGAGUGGGGAAGCUGAGUGCGUCUGCAAUCCUGGCUACCUAAGCAUCGACGGGCUGCCCUGCAGUAGCAUUUGUGAUCUGCAGCCCAACUUCUGCCUGAACGACGGGAAGUGCGACAUAAGCCCUGGGCAAGGGGCCAUCUGCCGGUGUCGUGUGGGAGAGAACUGGUGGUACAGAGGGGAGCACUGUGAAGAAUACGUGUCUGAGCCACUGGUUGUGGGUAUUGCAAUUGCUUCUGUGGCAGGAUUCCUUCUUGUGGCAUCUGCUGUCAUCUUCUUCUUGGCCAGGACCCUUCGAGACCAGUACACAAAGAGCGACACUGAGGAAUCACAGGGGCAGGGCGACAGCCUCUCGUCCAUUGAGAACGCAGUUAAAUACAACCCCAUGUACGAGAGCGAUACGACUGGCUACAGCCAUUAUUACCGGAGAUACCCUCAGCUAACCUCCUACAGCUCUACCAGUGCCGAGACAUCCACAGACUACAGCAGCGAAGAGAUCAGGCACAUUUAUGAAAACAGUGAGCUUACUAAGGAGGAAAUUCAGGACAGAAUUCGAAUUAUAGAGCUCUACGCUAAAGACCGUCAGUUCGCAGAGUUUGUUAGGCAGCAUCAAAUGAAGCUGCUUUAAGAAAAAAAGAAAUCAGUAGAAUGCACGUGGGAGAUAAAGACUACCUUGUUGCCAUAGCAAUGGGCUCAGAUGUAACUGCAAAGUUACUUAUAGUCUUAACAUUGCAUGGAUGGGUACAGAUGUUUUCUAAAUGAAUGGCUAAAAUGUACAGAUGUCUGUUUAUCUCCAUUACUUCUGGCUUUUCUGGGUAAAGUGACAUUUUUUAAGAGGUGAUCAGAAGUGGCAGAGGUUAUGAAAGUUCAUUUUUCUUUAACUCUGAAACAGACAGUGAAAGUUUGUAUACCAAGGCAAAAA